UGGAGCUGCAGGAGAUAGCAGGGGAAGAAAGUACUUGGGGCAACAGUGCUGCAAAAAACUUUAGUGCAAGUAGAAUUUUUGUACGUUUCAGUAUUAGUUUAAUCAGUACUUGUAUGCACAUGUGAUAAAAGCCCCGCAGUUUUUUCCUUUUCCUUUCUUUUCUUUUUCUGAGUGACUUCAUCCAUCACCAGCAUCGUGCGCCCUGGUGCGCCUCACCUCCCCACAGACGUCUCCUCUCCGUCGCAUCAUGUGGAUUAUUUUGGCGUUUGUUGUGGCCGCUGCCGCUCCUGAUGGGAGCUUUGGGUGUCAGCUGCCCCACGACUGGAGACCGCAGACAGAAGCGUGCCGUGCCGAACUGGCGGAGAUCAUCGUCUUUGCCAAAGUGCUGGCGCUGCACAAGGAGUCGUACAGCGUGUACAACUACCUGCCGUGGCAGCACGACACCGACCUGCUCUUCUCCGCCGAGAUCGAGCUGCAGUGCGACCAGGCGUGGGGCAGCAUGCUGGAGGUCCCCGCCGGCUCCAGGUUUAAUGUCAGCGGUCUGGGCUACUUCCCCUGCUUCUCCUACAGCGUCACCAAAAACAACAACUACUACUUCUUCCUAAGGAUGGAUGAGAACUACAAUAUUGUCCCCCACGGAGUGAAUUUCCAGGACCCUAUCUUCCCCGAUACUGCUGAUAACCACCGCAUGUUUGCGAGCCUCUUCCAGUUUUCCAACUGCACACCAGGCACCCAAGUCCACAGCUUUACCCCAGAGUGGGAGGCUCAGGAGGACAGCCGGUUGUUGUGCUCCUCAGUGCAGAAGGCUCUGUUCGAGGAGGAGGAGAGGGUGAGGACUCUCUCACAGAAAGUUCGUACCUUGGAGAAAGCCAACGGCCACCUGAGGGAAAAGGUGAAGACCAUGAAACGUCUGCUGCGCCAGGCUCAACGAGAAACAACAAAGGAGCAACAGACCCUCAGCCUCAAGCAGCUCUACGAGUCAAAGACGCCCCAAACUCACCCUGAUCAGGACACUGCCCAGGACCAGAAGAACCAGCCACUUAAAAAGGUCCUCUCCAAGAAGCUAAAAAAAUAGAGUUUGUCUUCCUCUUUGUUUAGUGUGAAGCAAUUUUUUUUUCUAAUUAUGAGGCGUCAAAUCAGACUAAAAAGAUAGUGAAAGGUUGGGUGAAGCAACAGCAGCAGCAGAAAUACCAAAAAGUUCAGACCAAGUAAAGCUUUAGUCGGCAGAAAUUUGGAAACAGCAUGCGCUUCAUUCACACACACUGAUGUAAAAAGAACAGGAAGCUCAGACUCCAACUUGAUGUUUGAUGUUGAUGUAAUUUCUAAGUUCUGUCCAUCUUGGAAAUGCUUUGCUGAUAUUGACAAGUGUUUUAGUGGAUUUAUUAUCAGACCGUCUUUCAAAAUCUUUUUUCAUAAAUCCCUUUUCUCUUUUUAAGGAUGGCCUCAGUGUGUACGCAGUUGUUGCUAAUGCUAGUUUUGCAAGUGUUCUUUCAGGAUCUGAAGGUACAUGCAUUUGCAUUUGUAAAGAAGUCAAUAGGAUAGACACCUUGAAAUUUCUAAAGCCUGAAAAUGGAGUCAAGUAGAGGUGCAGACAUUUAGUUUCCCCUCAGACAACUUGAAUUACAAUUUUCUAAAACACUUUUGCCUGGUGAGGCCAAAAGAACACUGCCUAUCCUGCUUUAAGUUGUUUACAUUUGUGCCAUUGACACUACACCACAAAAUGUCUGUUCUUUAAAUGAUUGUUCUCUGAAUAACUGUUGCUGCUGCCUGUCUCCCAACUUUUACCAUUGUUUUCUGUCUGUCUGUCUAAUUCAGUGGCAGCACAAACAUUCUCCAAAUAUUCGAAAGCUCAUUGUUUAUAGCUGAUGGAUGCACUGUUGAAACGUUAAGUAGAUAAUGUUAAAACAUUGGAAAUUGAAUAUCUCUUCUGGUAUAACUGUUUUUUGUUUUUUUCUUCCUGUGCUGGACACAUCGUGCAUUGUGUUAAUACUAGUAGCAUUCGUUACUUUUGAAAUACUAUCAAAACGCUUCAAAUCACAUUUUGUCUUUUGAGACUCCACAUUUGGAGAGUUUGUCAAAAAUCAGUUCUAACAUAGUGGGAUACGAAAACAUUUUAUGAAUUGAAUGGUGUCAAAUAAAGUACUUUAUUUUUUUAAGUCUUGUAUGUCAUUAGGUUGAUUUUGGAUGCUUAAGAAAUAUUUGAUGUGCAAGGCUGUGAGCUAAAAUAAGUGUGUGUGGUAUAAGUGGAAAUACAUAAUGCUCUCAGUGUGUACUUGAGAGUUUAAUGACACAGGAACAGAGGAUAUACCAAAAGCAGGUACGUUUUCCCAAGAGUGCAUUUUAUCUAAGUUCUACUUGGUUCAAAUGAUUUUGCUGAAUCAAAGUUUCAUUUUUGUAUUUGAAUGGAGGGUGUUGAGCACCCACUGAGUCCGGCCUGUGAGCCCAACAUGGUACAGGAUUGGCUUUUUUCUGUGUCAGAAAUGAAAGUUCACUUAAACUGUGUAUUUGCUCUUGUUAUUAUUUCUGCUUUCUCUAAACCAUACACACCUGGCUUGCUUUGCUAAUAGUAUUAUCGUUUUUGUAGUACUUACUGUUGCAUUUUUAAAAACUGAAUAAAUUAACUUUUACAAAA